AGACACCGGCAGCCGCGAAGGACACGCUUGGGGAAAGAGUUGUUGCAGUUAUGAAAACUUGUCAUUAUUACACUGUUUAAAAGUUUAAAACAUAAUUAAUGCGUUGUCGGAGUAAAGGGGCCGACGCCACAUUGAAAGGAGCGGUGCUUUGAUAGAACUACGGAAUUGGGUCGCGGGGUGCUGGAGCCUAUCCCAGCUGUCUUCGGACGAGAGGCGGGGUACACCCUGGACUGGUGGUGGUGAUGAAUUUCUAAGAAAUGAUUGCGUCAUGGUCUGGGACUGUAUGAGUGCUGUCUGAACUGGGGGGGAGCUGCGGUUCAAAUUUUGGAAAAGGUGAAUUCCACAGAAAGUCAACACACAGUCAAAGCAUGACGACGUGGGUAGGAUCACAGUCUUGCGGAUGCACGAGUGCUGCCAACACCAGUGGCGCUGCGGUUCAUCUUGAAUUCCAACAUGAAGUAUGACAUUGUGAAGCCAAACCCGCAUCCGAGAUGACAAGUAAGAGUGAUGGAUCGGCAUCCGCCAUCUCCACCAGUGAUGUCAUGGCGGUGGAGUGGAAGAGGAUUCCAGCACUAAAAAGAACCGCACGACUACCACAACCUGACCUUUGACCAAUCAAUCGUGUUCUUCUCUUAAUCGCAACAAUAGGACCUGAUAGUUCCACGGAGAACUGAAACCAGACCCUGACUAGACCUUUCGAGCCUUUUACUCCAGGUUGGUUCGCUCCUGUGCAAUAUUUUCCACAAAGCUUGAAGGUUGCACAAAAAGAAGGACAAGUAGAAAAAAAAACCCUGACUGAAUCACAACAAAAGGAGGAAGCUAGGAAGAUGCCCGGAGAGCAAGUCAGGGAAAAGUCUAAGCUACACUGGACCGGACCAGGAGGGGAUAGAAAAGAAGAAAAGGAAAACAAAUUGGACCCAUGACCCUGACACGAGGUUCCUUCAAAUACUCCAACGGCGAGGAAUACCACGGGGAAUGGCGAGAAGGGCUCCGUCACGGCCGGGGUCAGCUGACGUUCAGCGACGGGACGUGCUACACGGGACAGUUUGAGAACGGACUCUUCCACGGCUGUGGCGUGCUGGUCUUCGCCGACGGAUCCCGGUAUGAGGGCGAGUUUGUGCAGGGGAAGUUUCAAGGUGUUGGCGUCUUCGCUCGUUUCGAUGGGAUGAGAUUCGAGGGCGAUUUUAAAAGCGGAUGUGUGGAAGGCUACGGACUGUUAACGUUCAUGGACGGCGGCGGCGGCGGCCACGAGGGAGUGUUUGAGAGCGGCCAGCUGACGAGGAGAGAAGGUAGCCAGGGGGCGGUCCAGAGGGCGCAGGCAGCCGCCAGCAAGGCCCGCGCCCUUGCCAUGUGACCCAGACGACAGCAGUAGCCUCAAGGACACGCCUCCAUCUCGUCUGUUUCUAUGACGACCGCCUUGUAAGCGUACCGUUUAACGUUGUUUUUUUGUUUUUUUUUCCUCUCUUCCUGUUGUUUGUCAAAUGGAGGACAGAGUCACAGAUUCUGGAUCAGCUGGGUCCAAACACAAUGGUGCUUACCUUAACCUGGUCCCGGGUCCACUGACCUGAGACCAGUCAUCUACUCUAAAGUGUAUUCAGACGCCAUUUCAGCGUGGAAGGACGAUACAUCACACGCAAACAUGCCCUUGGUGCGACGUUUCGACUUUCAAACUAAAAUAACGAAGGUUGCCAUGGUUACAAGAUGUCGUUUUUGUCAUGAUUCUGCGGCUGGUGCAAUUUUGUCAAGGAUCCAGGAAGUAGUCGGUUAACCUUGGUGGAGGUCUUCACACCAUUGGAUGACACGGUAGUUUUUUUUUUUUUAGACUCUUGUAACUUCCUGUCAACUUCCUGCCUGACAACCACCUAAGCGAGCCAUAAAAAUGCUAACGCUAACAUCAACCUUCAACCUUGAAAUGACCAAAGCCGACGUCUGACCUCGUAUCGGUGCUCCGGAUGCAAGCCAGCCCAGACCAGACCAGUCACGAGGUCGUGUAGGGAGGCGGGACUUAGCCUGGCCGUUAGCCAAUCGUCGUUGCGAUUCCCUCGGUGCCCUUUUCAGCAUCUUCCGAUCUCAGAUCAGCGUCACCCUCCGCCAUCCUCAGUGCCAACCACGCAGUGCCGACCCAUCUCAGCUCCUCCAGGAUGUGUGACUUUGUCCUUAUCUUUACGGGGGACGGGGGGGACGGGGGAGGGGGCGCAUCAUCACAUGAUGAGUGCAAUUAGUUAGUGUGGAUAGAGGUGUUAUUUCAAAAUAAGAUCCUAGCGAUAAUCCCAGGUCAUCAAGCGCAACACUUAUGAUUGGAUAAGGUGUUUGGGUUUUAUUUUAGGACACCCCCCCACCCCCCCGCCCAUUUUAGGCCCAGCCCCCGCUAGCACAUUUUGAUCUGUGUGUAUCCUUCAAGCGUUGAAGUCACUAAGAGUGUUUGUAUUGUGAAGCUAACGAGGCGUGUGAUGAGCCACAACCAUCAUGCAACUUGCAUGUCACACGUGCACACUUCGUGUGUGUAUGUGUGUGUGUGUGCGCGCGCGGGUGUGUGUGUGUGUGUGUUCAUAGCAAACAGAGUCAAUUGUCAGCUAUGUGAUUAUCUGAAGCUGCCAUUAAUUUGGAGAAGGGGGGAGGGGCCGGGGGGGCAUUUUAAUUGGCUGUUAGCUGUUAGUCGUUAUUUUCACGUGCACUUAAAACAAUGUGUCGGUCCACUUGUGUGUAUUGUUGUUUGUUGUGUGUGUGUUACACAGUAGAGACUCACCAAAACCCUUUAAAAAGCACCGUAAAAGCCACUUGAAAUGUUGUCAUGUGACGCACAAAGAUGUCUCACACAUCACUUUGACUGUGAAAACACAGAAUCGUCCAUUUUACAUUGCUAACGGCGAAAAUAAAACAGUUGCCGGAUCUUUGUGAUCACCUAAGCUGAGUUGUGUCACGCUAAUUGUGAGCUCGGCGGAUCAGUCGCUCAUUUUCAGGAAACGCAUCUCUUCUUUUUUUUGUUGCCCGGAACAAAAGAAGUGGAUAAACUAAGAUUAGCUCGGGGGAGUUUAUGCUAAUGUGUGCAAAUUGGCUGCUAGCAUAGUUAUACCGUAAUCCCUCAUUUAUCGUGGUUACCGUGAUAAGUGAAGUGGGUUUUCUUUCUUUAUUAACGGAAUACAGUCAUCACUCGUUUAUAGCCGUUAAUUGGUUCCAGACUCGAUUGCUAUAAUUGAAUUUCUGUGAUAUCGGAUUCAAUAUUAAUAAAUGGAAUACUUAUAGUCAUAGUUAGAGCAUAGAAAGCUCUUUGUUUGGCUUUCUAGUAUUACAGAAUCUACACCUAUUCCAGCUGGAUUACUUUGGAUUUCGUGCUUCCGGCCAAAACGGUCUGCUUUAACGUAUUCCACCCACAGCCAGCCUCCAGGCACGCCCACUCCGCUGUGAUUGGUCAGACGAAUCCUUAGAAGGACUAGUUGUGCCGCUAGCUGUGAACCCAACCAACGGUAUAGAAGUUGAUAAUAAAUUGUGAUUCAUAUUUUGAAAUGGGACCUAAUACCAUUUGGGUGUUUUGUAUUGCGAUAACCAGCACAUAAAACUUGAUAGUUCUUCUUCAGCUGGAUUUCUUUGGAUGUUGUGGUUUUCUGCGAAAACUGUCUGUUUUAAUGUAUUCCACCCACAACCCGCCUCCAGGCACACCCACUCUGCUGUGGUUGGUCACACUAGCGAGUACUUAAAAAUUAGUUCAGGUUUGUGCCGCUAGCUAACGGUAUUGGAGUUGAUGAAUUAAAAUUUUUGGCUUUUAACACAUUAACAUUAUAAGAACUAUAUGGUAAUGGUAAUGGUAAUGGUAAUGGUUUUAUUUCAUUUGAACAUGCAUCAGAUUACAAUUGAAUGCAUCCCAUAAUCAGUUCACAGUUCCACAUGUCCAAAAGGAGUAGGAAGAAGCAACGCUUAUUAAAUCCUACCCCUCCAUCUGGUACUUUUACAAUCAGUAACUGUUACAUUUGUUCACUUGCUGUUUUCCUAAUAUAGUUUAGUUUUUUUUAUUUAUUUUAUUAAUUUUGCUUUUUUUUUAGUUUUAUUUAUUCAUUUUAUUUUUUUUUUGUCACGUACCGAACUGUUACAUUUGUUCACUUCCUGCU